AUGUCUGGUGAAUAUCUAACCUAAAACUUCGGUGUUCCCGGUGGCGAGUCACGAUUUACAAUCAGCGAUGAGUAAUCUCAGAGCAUCACGGAUAGUUUUAUCCUCAGUGGACUUCUGGUUGGAAAAUGUUCUCAUGAUGGUUCUGUGAACUAUAUCGUUUAUCAAUUUCCCCGAUAAAUCGCACAACCUCUUCCGUAAACACUGCGACGUCAUACGAUCCAUUCCGCGUCAUCUAGAGCGUCCUAAAGCGCGGCCCCCGAUUGGUCCGUCCAAGUGAACCGAAGCUUCCUGUAUCAGUCUGUGCUUAUAUCUAGACAUGAUGAAGAUGGCUGUAGAUUGUACUUUGUAGAUGUUUUUAAACGAAGUGUAGCAAAGGUCCCAGAAACUUUUGCCCCUGGUGGCAGGUGGCAGUUGACAGUUGACGUGCUGAUGGAAGUUUGUUCACCAUGCUGGUUUGAGUUUAUCUCCGUUAAAGUCUCCCUCCACAACGAGCGCAGUGUCCUGGUGAUGAGUCUGGUGUAGAGUGAGAACCUCAUGUAGUUCACACAAGGCAGUGUCCGAGUCUUCCUGGGGUGGAAUUAAAACACCACUCACUAUGACUGAGGUAAAUUCCAGAAGGAGAAACAAAGGACGACAUUUGAUGGUCAGGAGCUCCAGGUUGUGUGUGCAGGGGCGCGUGAGAGGAAAAAUGCUCGCGCUGUCUCUUCGGCUGCUGUUUACCAUCAGACACACUGUCCAGGAGGUAAACCGUGAAGAUGGCGUGGUCCGGUACCGCUGGAUACAGCCGUGUCUCGGUGAAGCAGGUCCCGAAUGUCCCUCUGGAACUUAACCCUGGUCCUGAGGUCAUCGAGCUUGUUUUCCAGAGACUGGACGUCGGCUAGCAUGAUGCUAAGCAGAUGAGCACGGUGUGUGCGCGAGCCCUCAUCCUGUUCCUGACUUCGGCUCGUUUCUUUUCUUUUUUCCAUGUAGUCGGUGUUAAAAACGGCGGUGUACUGGGUAUAGAGUGUUGGGGUGUGACUUAUACUCCUGAACAUGUGUGUGCUCUGAAAAACACAUCAAUUGAUCUUUCCUGCUCUUAUAAAUAUCCUGCAGGCCUCACAGUGAUAAAAUCAGUAUGGUUCAUUAAAUGGCAGGGUGGUGCUGACCCUGAGGAUGUGAGAGAGGAUGAGGAGUAUCAGGGUCGAGUGCAGUACACACAGAGCUCCCAGAAUGACUGUAGUCUGAGAAUCACUAACCUGAGAGAGAGAGACGCUCAAACAUACAGGUUCAGAUUCUACACUAAAGAUCCUGCAGGAAAAUACACCGGAGAACCUGGAGUCACUCUGUCUGUCACAGGUCACACUAUUAUACAUUUAUUUAACUACAUUAAUACAGAUGAAGUAAAUGAAAGUAAUUCUGAACCUAAUUCAAUAUUUGCAGAUCUGAAGGUUACAGUAUCAAACAGGAAUGGCAACAAGAAGCUGAGCUGCAUCACCACCUGCUCUCUGUCUAAUAACCCCACUUACAUCUGGUACAAGAACGGACAGCGUGUUACUGACCAGGACAGAAAUGAACUGUAUGUCAGUAGUGGGAAUGCAGGCAGCUACUCCUGUGCUGUAAGAGGACAUGAGGAGCUUCGCUCUCCUGCUGUCUGUGUUUUUGAUGAGAAGCGCUGCUGGAGUGUGACUUAUUCCACUCAGACUGUCUGCUCUCUGAUUGGCUCAUCAGUGAACAUACACAGUUAUUACACCUUCCCUAAUAAUUACAAGGUUACAGAAGUGUUGUGGUUCAUUAAAGAAUAUGAGGAUGUGAGAGAGGAUGAGGAGUAUCAGGGUCGAGUGCAGUACACACAGAGCUCCCAGAAUGACUGUAGUCUGAGAAUCACUAACCUGAGAGAGAGAGACGCUCAAACAUACAGGUUCAGAUUCUACACUGAUCCUACAGGAAAAUACACCGGAGAACCUGGAGUCACUCUGUCUGUCACAGGUAAUGUCACACUAUUAUACAUUUAUUUAACUACAUUUAUACAGAUGAAGGAAAUGAAAGUAACUCUGAACCUAAUUUAAUAUUUGCAGAUCUGAAGGUUACAGUAUCAGACUCGGGUAGUGGACAAAUCAAGCUGAACUGUAACACCACCUGCACUCUGUCUAACAACCCCACUUACAUCUGGUACAAGAACGGACAGCGUGUGUCUGAGUGUAAAUCUGCCUCCUGCUCUGUAGCUGCAGUCGGUGGUGUGGUCAGUUACAGCUGUGCUGUUGAAGGUCAUGACAGUCUCCUCUCUCCUCCAGUGUGUGAGUGUGGAUUUUACUCUCCUCAAUCAGAAUCCAUCUACAUGUCUAUCAAACACUGAUCCUGAACACACAGCAGCUGAUUCAGGUGUUUUAUUUCUAAUCAGAUUCCCCUAAAAACACCAGAGCAGUGGUUCUUCCCUCUGGAGACACAGUGGAGGGAGAUUCAGUGACUCUGAGCUGUAGCAGUGAUGCAAACCCUCCUGUUCUCACCUACUCCUGGUUUAAGCAGAGUGCAGCUGCAGACACACUGCUGACAACAGGCCAGAAUUACAGCAUCAGCAACAUCAGCUCCCAGCACAGUGGACUGUACUACUGCACUGCUCACAACCAGCUGGGAAACCACACCUCUACACCAACAUUCCUGGAUG